AUGAGUUCGCUAUUCUUCCCUGAUGCUGCAAAUCCUCCGGUCGGCCAUGCGUCCCCGGUGGGGACCAGCGCCCUGCGGAACGACUUGGGCUCCAACAUCCACGUCCUCAAGACGCUCAACCUGCGCUUUCGCUGCUUCCUGGCCAAGGUCCACGAACUGGAGCGGCGGAACCGGCUGCUGGAGAGCCAGCUACAGCAAGCCCUGCAGAGGCCGCAUUACCGCGGGGCGUACGGCCGUGAUGUGGCCGUCCAGACGGACGGUGGGGCAGAGUCGAGGCUGCCCGGAACCAUCUGGUCCUUUACCCAUGUGCGCAGGCAAGGUGAGCGCCUGGAGACGCUGCACGGGCCCGGGGUGUCGUGGACGCACCCUGACGGGGUCGGCGUGCAGAUAGACACAAUCACGCCAGAACUGAGGGCGCUCUACAACGUGCUGGCUAAAGUGAAGCGGGAGAGGGACGAGUAUAAGAGGAGAUGGGAGGAUGAGCUGUCCAAACGCCAGCAGCUGGAGUCUGCGGUAGAAUCCCUGCACCAGCGUGCCAAAGAAUCAUCAGAGAUUCAAGUGGACCUGAACGAGAAGGUAGAGAGACUGAAGGCGGAACUGGUGGUCUUCAAGAGCCUUAUGAGCGAUCAAAUGUCUGACCUGGACUCGAAAAUUCAAGAGAAAGCCCGGCGCGUAGACAUGGACAUCUGCAGACGAAUUGACAUCACAGCCAAACUGUGCGACGUGGCGCAGCAGCGCAACUCAGAGGACAUGUCCAAGAUGUUCAGCACCAGGUCGUUGCCAGAGAAGCAGGGUGCCUCAGCGGCCUGCAAACGGAAAGAGCGUAAGGCAGUGUCCGACGAGGACGUAUCCGAGAUGGAUGCGAACCCCAGCCCUCUGGAAGAAGACACGCUCAACAUUACAGACGAGAUGAAGCGCAUGCUAAACCAGCUACACUGUUCAGAUAACCCCUCUGUUGCCAGGCGUGAGACAUUCGACCUGGACGACGACUGCGAUAGUCUAACGUGGGAGGAGAACGAGGAGACGCUGCUGCUGUGGGAGGACUUCGCCAACUAUAACGUGCCAUGCGGCAUUAUGACGACGACGGCGCCGCCCUGCGCCAACACAGUCCCGGGCGACGGGGGCAGCGAUGGCACAGAACCAGACUCCCAAGACAGAAGUCUCGGAAGCCUUAUUGAUGAGACGGAGUCACUGUUUAAGAACAGAGAGAAGGAAUACCAGAAGACUAUCGGUCAGAUUGAGAUGGAGUUGGCCACAGCCAAGAGUGACAUGAACAGACACCUGCACGAGUACAUGGAGAUGUGCAGCAUGAAGCGUGGCUUGGACGUACAGAUGGAAACGUGCCGGCGCAUGAUCAAAGGUGGCAGGAGUUCGCCGUCGUUAAGCUCCGCGGCCAGCAGCGACUCAGGGAACACCGACGAGAUCCAGGAUGAGAUUUCGGACAAGGAUUUGGAUGCCGAAGUCCCUGUUAGUUGA